AUGAAAUUAUGCUGCGAGUUAUGUACCACUACUGAAGUUCCUUUGCAAAUAAUUUGCUUCUCAAUUCAGUACGAUCGUCUCCAAUACGUAAUUUACGAAUUGGAAGACUAUUGCAAGCGAGCGAAACCAGAGGAGAAAACUAUUUUUCAUCGAUACAUUAACAGUUGUAAAUCGAUUUAUAUAGGCUCAAUAUGCGCCUUCACCGUUACCGGCUUGUUGCUCAUCAUCAGUCCUAUAGUAGAACCUCAUCCUUUUCCCAUCGAUAUAGAAUAUCCGUUUUCUGUGGACUCUCAACCUUUAAAGAUUAUCAUUUAUCUACAUCAUAUAUUACUCAUAUAUCAAAGUUAUACGCAGAGCACUGAUAUUGCACAUGCUGUAUAUGAUUCGAUAUGGUAUGACGGGAAAGUUGAUUUCCAAAAAAAUUUUUUACACACUUUAUUACGUGCGCAACAACCUAUAGCUGUAAAUGUACCUUGCAUGCUACCGACUGUUUCAUUAAAUUAUUAUGCCUCAUAUGUCUCAACUGCCUUUUCCUAUCUGGCUACUUUUCGAAUUAUACUUGAAGAAAGUGAUGAGGAUUAA